UUGGCAAGCAGUUUAGUGUAGGUAUCUCUAGGGUUAAAAAAUUGAAUGGACAUUUGGGCCUUGCUUAUGUUAACUGGCCCAUCAAUAUUUAUUUUCUCAUCAAAUUGAGGGUGUCUUCCCUAACCAAUGUGCAUUUGGGCCUCAAGUAUGUUGCAAACAGGUCCAUUAAUUUUUAUCCUCUUGUCAAAUUUAGGGCUUCUACCCCAACUAAUUUGACCUACCCGAUCCAAGGCCCAUUUAUUUUUUUCCCUACCUUGCUCGCUUUCUUCUUCAACUGAUUGCAAUGACUGGCCUAACAGUCGUUGGCUUCUCUUUUCUGCACCAUAUGUCUCUUCUCGAGCCUCCUUGCCAUCAUCAUCUUCGGCCUUCACCCAGAUGCUUCCAUGCCCAUAAUUUUUCCAGUGCUGGGCUGGAGCCUUCUCAACAUUCCAUGCUCUCUUUAUUUCCUCCUUUGUUUCUUCUGCUGCAGCAUAUGCUUGCUGGACAUCUAUGGGAAUUUUUGGCAUAGUUUUGACAGCAUCCCAGACUUGAGAUUCUACAUGUUUCAUGACUUUCAUAUCUUCUUUUGGGUUGUCAACAAAAGCACCUUCAAGCUUCUCUUUUUGUGAAAAAGAUCAUCUGGCAGCUUCUGCCACAUCAUCUGUGCUUGAAAAGCUGGCUGGUUUAGUGGCAUCUCAGAACUGAACUGGACCUGGGUCAGGCAUCAGGAGCUUGGAUACAGACCAACUCCGGGUGAUGAAGUGGAAGACAUGUUUAUUUUGUUAAGUGAAGUAAAAAGACAGAUACCCUCAGUUACAGCAGUUUCCUCCGGAGCCAUUGCAUCUGACUAUCAGAGGUUGCGGGUGGAAAGUGUUUGUUCAAGGUUAGGCCUUGUUUCUCUGGCGUACUUGUGGAAACAAGAUCAAUCAUUGCUUCUCCAGGAAAUGAUUGCUAAUGGAAUUGUGGCUGUAACAGUGAAGGUUGCUGCCAUGGGUUUGGACCCUGGAAAGCAUCUGGGCAAAGAAAUAACCUUGUUGAAUUCACAUUUGCAUAAAUUGAAAGAGUUGUAUGGAAUUAAUGUUUGUGGCGAAGGAGGAGAAUAUGAAACAUUAACACUUGAUUGCCCUCUCUUUAUUAACGCUCGCAUUAUGCUUGAUGAAUAUCAAGUUGUGAUGCACUCUUCAGAUUCCAUUGCUCCAGUUGGAAUUCUUCACCCCUUGGCAUUCCAUUUGGAAAAUAAGGCAGAUGCUCAGCCUUUAAGAUCACAAGACAAUGAACACGAGAUGGAGAAACCAGGAAAUGUAUUUGAAGUGCAUGAUUGCCCAGAAAGAUGUGAAGUCUCAUGCAAGCCUGCAGAUUGUGUUACUGGUCGCAGUAAUGGCUCAAAGUAUAAAUUUCAAUUUUCGAGAACAAAAAACAAGAGUACAUUCUCCAUGUGUUGCUGGUUGCAAGAUUCAUGCAGUGGUUUGCAGGAAGAUCUUGAGGCUGUUCUGGGGAGAAUUGAAUCGCAAUUAGGGAGUUUUGGUUUUGGCUGGGAGAACAUCCUCUAUGUUCAUCUCUACAUUGAUGACAUGAAUCAGUUUUCUGUGGCAAAUGAUACCUAUAUGAAGUUCAUAACACACGAAAAUUGCUGUUUUGGUGUUCCAUCCCGUAGUACAGUUGAAAUGCCUCUACUACAAGUGGGUUUGGGCAGGGCAUUAGUUGAUGUUCUGGUGACAAGAGAUGUAACUAAAAAGGUUUUACAUGUGCAGAGCAUUUCCUGUUGGGCACCUAGCUGCAUUGGGCCAUACAGCCAGGCAACCUUGCAUGAGGGUAUACUUCACAUGGCUGGGCAACUGGGACUUGACCCUCCUACAAUGAAUCUUUGCAGUGGAGGCCCAGGUGCUGAACUGGAACAAGCACUUAGAAACAGUGAGGCCGUGGCAAAGUGCUUUAAAUGUUCAAUUUUAACGUCUGUAAUCACAUUUGUUAUUUACUGUUCUAAACGUGUCUCAUCGUUGGAGAGACGUGAAAUUAUGGAGAAACAGGAGACUUUCCUCAGGGAGAUGAAGAUUUCUCCUCCAAGGGAAGGAAAUAUGAAUAAAGGAUUAGAUCCUAUUUUUCUAUAUGUCCUUGUUCCUGAUCUUCCCAAGAGGGCCUGUGUAGAAGUAAAGCCUAUUCUUUAUGUUGAAGAUGACACAGAAGCUACAAUUGAGAAUGUUAGUGAAGGAUCUCGUUUAAAUACAGAGAGCUAUUGGGGUUUCAAGCAUGAGCGGUGGCAUGAUUCUUGCAUUCAGAAAUGUGUCGUUCAUGGAAAGAUAUGUGCACUUGUAUUGUCUAUUACAAGUGAGCUGGCUGUGAAGAUAUGUUCCAAGUCCCUUCCGAUUGAUAAUGUUAAUGACGGUCAAUUUUCUGUCUCCAAGGCAAAUAUGGAGAAAAUUUCGAAGUUCUUAAUCUAUCUACUUGACAAAGCAAUGACAGACAGUGCUUUUGCCUGGGAGGAUAUAACGAAUUUGCGAUUCUACAUCCCAUCAAGCCUUGAGGUACCCAUGGAGGAAUUGACAGCCUUCUUCAACAAUGCACUUUCAGAACUUGCCAAAAUAAAUCACAAGGUCAUUAUUGUAAGUGGCGAGGAGCCAAUGUUCAACAUAGUUCCUGUGAUAGGUGCUGGAAGGUUUGCUUCAUCAAUGGAUGAUGUUGUAACCUGUGAAUUACUAGCUAGGAGGAAAUCCUGAGUCCAUCAAAGUGUUAUGCGUCUUAUUGUUUCAAUUGAGAGGGCCUUACCAAAGAGCCUUGGGUCUAGUGGUAUCAAGCUGUGCCUAUGUGGCACUGAGUUCCGGCUUCGAUCCUGUGCCUCUUCAGGCACUACGCUUGCCCGUAAAAUAAAAAAAAAUUGGGAGGGGCUUGGACUGGAAAGCAAGAGGUGUUGUUUGGUAUGUGGUUUUCCAGCUCCCUUGUAGACUCUAUUGUCUUGCUGGCAGGCUUUCCCUUUCUUUUUGCUGCCUUUAAUUUAAAGUUUAUCUAAGGAUGUUAUGUUAUGGCUUGAAAGAAGCAUUAGGUCACAUGAACGAAUAUGCUUGCAUCUAUGAUGGAAUAUAUUUAAUUAUUUUUGUUGAAUUCACUGAGUAGAAAUAUAAAGCAUUUUUAUGUGGAAGGUUUUGAAA